AUGGCGACAACGCGCCGCUUCGUCCCUCUCCUCGGCUGCGGUUUCUUCGUAUUCUGCUUAUGGGGUCUCUUCACGCUCUCCAGAUCAUGGACACAGAUGAAGGUGUCGCAAGCUGUUGGCUUAGGGGAGCUUGUAGCGACACCAUCGCCAACUCCGUCCGGCCAUUGGAAUAUCAGUGAAGCACCGAAGCAGCCGUUCGCACCACGCCCUCAAUUUAUCGCUGGUAUACCUAGACCGGACGGACACGAGUACACAAAGACAUUAGUGAUACCCCGGACAACCUACGAGGAUACCUCGUGGACAGAUUUUGAGAUUCCAGGCUGGGAAACCGCUGUAUAUGUCGUUGACGACCCAUCCGCAGCUCUACAUCCACCAAAGAACAAGGGACACGAGGUCAUGGUCUAUUUGAGCUACAUUAUCGAACACUACGAUGAGUUACCGGAAAUAGUCGCAUUCAUGCACUCGCACCAAUUCGGAUGGCAUAACGACGACCUUCUGGAUGGGAACGCAGCGACUAUCCUGCAACGACUGCGACCAGAGCGAGUCAUCAGGGAGGGUUACAUGAACUUGCGCUGUGGCUGGGGACCUGGCUGUCCCGAUUGGUUGCAUCCCGGCACUCUGGAAGAAGACGAGACUAAGCAGGAGGAAAUACUACUCGCUAGAUCCUGGGGUGAGAUCUUUCCCGACGAACCAAUUCCAGAUGUGCUAGCACAACCGUGUUGUGCCCAAUUUGCUGUCUCGCGCGAAAGAAUCCAAGCUAUUCCCCGAGCGCGCUUUGUCUUCUACCGAGACUGGGUUCUUCGCACGCAAUUGAGCGAUUACAUCUCCGGCCGUAUCUGGGAAUACCUUUGGCAUGUCAUCUUUACCGGCCAGAAUGUGGUCUGCCCAAAGGAGCACGUGUGUUUCUGCGAUGGGUACGGAAUCUGCUUUGGUGGCGAGGACGAAUAUAAUGCGUACCGAAACAUGGACUCCGAACGCGAAGGCUAUGAAGAUGAACUCAAACGCUGGCGCAGCCGGGCGGCCGUGAUAGAAGCCGCCCGACGCCGUGGCACCCUAGGGGAGAAGAGUCACCUCACUGUUCCGGAGCCCGGACGAGAUGUUGAGCUCGAGGAACUGAUUUCCCACCAGGGAGAGCUGAAAGAGGAACUGCUACUCAACGCCACAAUACGUGGCCAAGAUGCCAAUGCUCGCGCUCUCGAGGCCGGAUUUUGGUGA